UGAAUCAUUCUUGAUACAAACAGCCAGUACGAAGUACUAUCAAACUACCGGCCGGUAUCAAACGAUAAUAACAAAAACUACACACGGCAUUUCUCCAGCCAGCAUUCGAAAUUUGAAAAACAUUCCAAUUUCAAAAAUGAAGCAGUACUCGAUCGUCGGCAACAAGAAGAAAGUCACCAUGGAAACAAAUGCCACCCGCCUAAAGGUCGUUGGCAACGGCUGCGUCAUCAUAGUCAAAAGCAAUCAGGGACACAUCGAGGUCAUCGGCAAUGACUGUAAGAUCGACGUCGUAGACAACUUCGGGACUAUAAACCUAGUUGGCGCCAGUGGGCUAGUUACAGUUUCUAAGCGCUACAAGAACGAUGAUAUUCAACUGAUUGGUGCUUCCUGUCAUUUACUAGUAGAUGGGAAGCAGAAGUCUACAUUUGAGCCGUUUUCGGCUCAACUGUCGCCGUUCAGCAAGAACUUGGAUGACGUUAUUGAGUCUAUCUUCACCUUCGUGAUGCGUUGAAGAACUGGGGCCUUAUUAAGUGAUUGAACUUUGCUGCUCAGUGAUAACUUUGACGUCGCGUCAAUGUCUUCGAUAAGAUAUGUGACGUGUUUUGCCGUCAGCCGGUGCGUGAUAUAAGUGUUGAUACUAUGUUCGUAUCAGUUUGUAAAGAGGCGGCUUUUCGUUUGAAUGAAAUUACGUUCAAUUGUUUUUGAAGAUUGUGUUGUUUUACGCUUGCUUUGUAUGUACACCUGUUUUUAAUCGAUUGUCAAAUGUUUGAAAAGUAACGGAAAGGAAAUAAAAAUUAUGAGGUACCUA